CGAUGCUCUAACCCGGUGGUUUGUGGGACCAGGGGUUUGGCGGGUGGGAGAAGAGUUUGGCCAUAGUCUUCCUUCUGCAUUUCACACACAUUCUGCGCUCGCUCGCUCUCGCCCUCUCUCUCUCUCUCUCUCUCUCGCACACACACACGCCCGCCCGGGCCCGUCUCCGUGUGUCUUCCUUCAAGAUGACAGGGCGCUGGAGAAAAGGCUGCUGGAAUCAGCUGGUGAAAGCCCAGCCUCUGCGGUUCUUAAUGCCUCAGCAGGAUUAUUUUCACUAAAGAUGGAAACACUGGAGUCUGAAUUGACCUGUCCAAUCUGCCUAGAGUUGUUUGAAGACCCCCUUCUUCUCCCUUGUGCUCAUAGCCUCUGCUUCAGCUGUGCGCAUCGAAUCUUGGUCUCGAGCUGUGGCUCUGGUGAAUCCAUUGAACCCAUUACCGCUUUUCAGUGUCCAACGUGCAGGUAUGUUAUCUCACUGAACCACCGGGGCCUGGACGGCCUCAAGAGGAAUGUGACUCUGCAGAACAUUAUCGAUCGCUUUCAGAAGGCUUCCGUCAGUGGGCCCAAUUCCCCAAGUGAGAGCCGCCGGGAGAGGACUUACAGGCUCAGCACUGCCAUGUCUAGUGAGCGAAUUGCUUGCCAAUUCUGUGAGCAGGACCCGCCAAGGGAUGCAGUGAAAACAUGCAUCACCUGUGAGGUCUCCUACUGUGACCGUUGCCUGCGGGCCACACACCCUAACAAGAAACCUUUUACCAGCCACCGCCUGGUGGAACCAGUGCCAGACACACAUCUUCGAGGGAUCACCUGCCUGGACCAUGAAAAUGAGAAAGUGAACAUGUAUUGUGUAUCUGAUGACCAAUUGAUCUGUGCCUUAUGCAAACUGGUGGGACGUCACCGAGACCAUCAGGUCGCGUCCCUGAAUGACCGAUUUGAGAAACUCAAGCAAACUCUGGAGAUGAACCUCACCAACCUGGUUAAGCGCAACAGUGAACUAGAAAAUCAAAUGGCCAAACUAAUACAGAUCUGCCAGCAAGUGGAGGUGAAUACUGCUAUGCAUGAGGCAAAACUUAUGGAAGAAUGUGACGAGUUGGUAGAGAUCAUCCAGCAGAGGAAGCAAAUAAUUGCUGUCAAAAUCAAAGAGACCAAGGUAAUGAAGCUGAGAAAGUUGGCACAGCAGGUUGCUAAUUGCCGCCAGUGUCUUGAACGGUCAACAGUCCUCAUCAACCAAGCUGAACAUAUCCUGAAAGAAAAUGACCAGGCACGGUUUCUCCAGUCUGCAAAAAAUAUCGCUGAGAGGGUCGCUAUGGCAACAGCAUCUUCUCAAGUUCUGAUUCCAGACAUCAAUUUUAACGAUGCCUUUGAAAACUUUGCUUUAGAUUUUUCCAGAGAAAAGAAACUGCUGGAGGGGCUAGAUUAUUUAACAGCCCCAAACCCACCAUCUAUCCGAGAGGAACUCUGUACUGCCUCCCAUGACACCAUUACAGUCCACUGGAUCUCGGAUGAUGAGUUCAGCAUCAGCUCCUAUGAGCUUCAGUACACCAUAUUCACUGGCCAGGCUAACUUCAUCAGCCUGUAUAAUUCAGUGGAUAGCUGGAUGAUUGUGCCCAACAUUAAACAGAACCACUACACAGUGCAUGGACUUCAGAGCGGGACGCGCUACAUCUUCAUCGUUAAAGCCAUAAACCAAGCAGGCAGCCGGAACAGUGAACCUACCCGACUAAAAACAAAUAGCCAACCCUUUAAACUAGAUCCCAAAAUGACUCACAAGAAGUUGAAGAUCUCCAAUGAUGGAUUGCAGAUGGAGAAGGAUGAAAGCUCUCUGAAGAAGAGCCAUACCCCAGAGAGGUUUAGUGGCACAGGGUGCUAUGGGGCAGCAGGAAAUAUAUUCAUUGACAGUGGCUGCCACUACUGGGAGGUGGUCAUGGGUUCCUCAACAUGGUAUGCAAUUGGCAUUGCCUACAAAUCUGCUCCCAAGAAUGAAUGGAUUGGCAAGAAUGCCUCCUCAUGGGUCUUCUCUCGAUGCAAUAGUAACUUUGUAGUGAGACAUAACAACAAAGAAAUGCUGGUGGAUGUGCCCCCACAGUUGAAGCGUCUGGGUGUCCUUCUGGAUUAUGACAACAACAUGCUGUCUUUCUAUGACCCAGCUAACUCUCUCCAUCUUCAUACUUUUGAUGUGACCUUCAUUCUUCCAGUUUGUCCAACAUUUACAAUCUGGAACAAAUCCCUAAUGAUCUUGUCUGGCUUGCCUGCCCCAGAUUUUAUUGAUUACCCUGAGCGGCAGGAAUGCAACUGUAGGCCUCAAGAAUCCCCUUAUGUUUCUGGGAUGAAAGCUUGCCAUUAAGUUUCAGGAGAACAUAGAAUUCACUGGGUCUACAGUUCAGCAGUUCUUCCCCUCCUAAACCUCAGUUAGUGUCCAAUAUACAAGAUAAAAAAUAAAGUUCAUCUGAAGCAUCCAAAAUAACUAGGUAUUAUAGAUUUAAUUUUUCUGCACUAAAGCUUGUAUCUGAAUUAAUGUAUUGAGUUUCUCUGAGCAAAUUUUCCAAGUAGUCUGGGGUCAAGCCAUUGGAGGAGAAAUCUAGAGAAUACUUCUCAUCAGUGGAGAAUUCAAAAUUCCUGGUGAUUUAGGAGUGUAAAUGAUACUGGAAGGAAUUAGGAUAAUUCUAAGUAAAUAAUGUAGAAAGAUGCUCUGAACGAGGGGCUAGCCAGCAGGAAAGGUGUGUGUGGGGUGUCAGCCUCUCUAGUACUGGUCAAUUUGGCCAAGUAGAAUUUUGAAGGAUCGGCUGAUCACAUAUGUAGUUUUUGAUAAAAACCUACCAUCAAGGAUUUAUUGUAAAGUAAAAACACAAAUGUGUAUAUAUAAUAUACAUAAAAUGAAUAAAUAUGUAUUAUAUAUUCAUUUUAUAAUUAUAUAUACAUAAUAAUUUUUUUAUUUGCUCAUUUGAGUGAGAAAUAUACUGGAAGGGAAAAGAAAUUAUAUCGUCCAUUUUUGUCCCCUAAAGGGAACAUCGAAAUCAGGCAACAAUUCCCCCCUCCCUCCGUUCAUCCCUCCCAUUCUCCUUCGUGUCACACACACAUGCAAUGACAUAGAUGGUGGGAAGAGCUCUAAACUGGAGUAGGAAAGAUUGGGGGACAAGAUUGCACAAUAGCCACUAGCGCUGGGUAGAAAAUUGAUCCAAUACAAGCAUUAUGUGUAGUGCAGUUUCACUGAGGCUGCCUAAUGGAAGAGGGUCAUCUGAAUUGUUAAAAGUUCUUCACAGAAUAUCUCAAAGAAAUAUAGCUUUAUUACUCUCAAGUACAUACAGUUACUAGAAUUAGGCUAAAAAAAAGAGUUGCAUAAUAAUGGAUGUUCUUUAGGAACUUUAUUUACUUAAUCUGUGAGAAUGGAGUGUUCUAGCUGCAACAACUAUUUGCAUAUAAAGGCACUUGUAUUUUCGGAUAAAACACUUCCGAAGUGCUUCAGAAUGCCUGCGAACAGUCUGUUUUCUUAAACAGGUUAAAUAAUCAUUCCUCUUGCAAUCUUGUUUACACUAUCCAUCUGCUUAGCCAACCCUUCAUGGCAAAUGCAGUUUGUCAUCACUAUUGUUGAGGGGCAUCAAGUUUAUGGUCUGUGCUUUUGUCACUUCCACUGCGGGGAUUGGGGAUGUCAGAACCAGAGCUUUCUCCUUCCCAGGAGAAGAGUCUCCAGGCUUCAAGGAGUCUACUUCUUCGGAGCUGUGAAAAGACUACUUUUGUACAAAAUGGUAGCUGUAACAAGCCACCAGAUUGGAGCCUUGAAACAAUGCCAAAACUCCCUUCUUCCUUUCCACUAUCUUGGUGGAUGUUCAUUCAUUAAUUCAUUCAACAAACUACCACAUGCUGGGUACCGCUCUGCUGCCGAUAUAUUGAUAAAACACAGUCCCUUGCUGUCAAAUGCCUUACUAUUCUGUAGGAGAGACAAAUAAUCUAUAUAACCCCCCUAAAUAACAGCUUUGUAUUGUUUUUUUCACCUAACAUGGAAAGCAACACUGAUGCAGGUACAGAUGGCAGGCUCAAACAUAGGCAUCUGGUAGCAAAGUCCGCUUUUUUUGUUUUAAAAAACUGUAUGUAAUUUCUGCUGAUCAGGAUAUGAGCAACCUCAGUAAGAUCCAGCAGUGCUGGGAAAUAGCACUUUGGACUAAAAUAAUCCUAGUUCUUCUGCCAUUUACUAGCGGUGGGACUAGGGUAAAUUACUUCGCUUCUCUGAGCCUCUGUUUCCUCUUCCGUAAAAUAAUACCUACCUCACAAGGCUGUUGCAAAGAUUUAAAAAGAUAGCACAUGUAAACUGCCUAGCACAGCACCUGGCAUUUAGUGAAGUGCACAAGGAAUAUUAACCUCCUCUUCCCAGCCCCAGCCCCAUUACACUGUAGUGGUGCUUUACAAUGUAUGCCUUUCAUCUCUAAGUUACUCUGGUCUCUCCUCUAGGGCUUAUCCCCCAGUUUUUAAACACAAGUUAUUCCCCACACCCCUUCCUAAAACCUCUCACUGGCUCCCAUAGCAUUCAGUAGAAGGUCCCAUUUACAUGGGGUUUGGCUUUUCAGGUCCCUGUUGGCUUUCCUAGCUUCACCUUUUGCCAUUUCCCUCCUUACAGUCGUUACUCUGGACAAGGUCAAUUACUCACAUGGGUUGUUCUCUGGGCCUGGAAUGGAGACAUUAUUGACAGUUUUGAUGCCCAGAGUAAACAGGAAUUGUUCUUAAAUUAAGGGAAUAGUGUGAAGAUGCUAUAAAUGCAGAGCACUCCACCUCCGCCUGGACCAAUUUCCUCUACCUGAUCCUCAGCUCUCCCAAGCUAUUCAUUUGGUUUUUUUGUGCCCUUUAGGUUUUGGUGGCCUGGGACAAAGCUUCAACUUCCCCCACCUUAUUUUUGACCUUAGCCUAGACUACUUUUCCCCACCCUGACCCCUCUCAACCAAAUUAACUCCUGACACCCUUGCCUGGGGCAUGUUCUCUUCUGAGCUUCCGUGGCACCUUUGAGUGUUCCUCCCUUCUCAGCAAUAAUCACACUGUAUAGCAGUGUUUUUCAGUGUGGUCCUCAGACCACCUGUUAGAGCCACCUUUGGUGUUUGUUAAAACAGUUGAUUCCUAGACCCCACUCCUGAUCUACUUAAUUAGACUAUCUGGGCACAUAAGUGGAAUUUGACAUUUUUAACAAGUUCCCAGGUGAUUCUGAUGCACACAAAAGUCUAAUGUAUAAUGAUCAUCUUCCCUACUAGCCUGUGAAUACCUUGAGGGCAGGGACUGUGUCUUUUGUUGUUGUAUUUUUAAUACUUGGCAUGGUGUGUGGAACAGAGUAGCUGCCUAAUGUUUAUUGAAUGAAUGUAUGAAUGAACGAAUGAAUUAUCAAAAGUUUCCCUGUUGUAGUCUGAUAUCCAUACUGGUGUUUGUUAUUUCCUGGGCAGAAAAGCUUGGUUACUUUUCCAUUUGGGCUAUAUUGAUAUUAUUUUGCAAAAGCCCCGGGACUUAGGCAUAUAAAUGAGUGUUGUCUGCCUCAAAAGCCCUUUGGAAGUUAACUUGGGGAAAUGUCUAGAGCAUGUGGCACCAUUCUUUGCAAAAACUUUUUAGUCUUUUUUAACUUCAUUCUUUGAAGAUGGAUUUAAGUUUUGGUUAUAGCCCCAAAUCACUCAGAGGUUAGCCUACUGAAUAAUGUAGGAAAUUAAACUGGGCUUGAGGUAAGCAAUGAAGUUUCUGAGACAAAUAAUGGAAAGUGCUUUUCAAGAAACAACAUGGUGGCAUUCAGUGGGGGUGUGGUGAGUCCCAGAUACUUCAAGGCUUUCCUAGAUAAUGGCAAUGCUAGGGACCAUAAGAGAAGUCAUUGACUACCUCUAGCUGAACCCAGUUGGACAAAGGGAAUAGGACCUGUAUUUAACAUCUUCAAGGAAGGUGACUUCUUCAGUUUUCAUUGUUGUUGCCCUACUCAACCUAUUCUCCUACAAUCCUUUCUGCUAGCAAAUUAUUCUUUCUGUCUGCAACUUAUGCUUAUUUCCACUUUUUAUAUUGUCUUACUGAAGAAAGCACAAAAAUAAUCAAAAUAAAGUUAAACCUGUUUUGAGAAUAUGAAAGAAAUUUUAAUGCCACAUUGGAGUUGUGACUACUUGUAAGUAAGGAUUCCUGCAUCUGUAUGUGUUUUUAUCAUGUAAUCACAUUGUGUAACUUUGGAUGCAGUGAAAUUCAGAUUUCAACAAAACCACUUAUAUGUUCUUUUCAGCUAAAAAUACACUAGGUGAAUUUUCUAAGCUUCCAUGGUUUACAUAUUUAUAUAUGACUAACUGGAUGGAGCAAUCCAUGGAUGGACUUUUUGAUAAGCUCAAAUAUUUGAUACCCUUUCCUCUACAGAAUGGAGAAUGUGAGGCUGACAGAUAAGAACCACUCCCAUGCUUAUUUCAAUUCCUGAAGCCAAUUGCAGCCUCAGAGCCAUUGGCUGUAUUUGGCCGUGUUAUUACAGGUUGGCCAGUUGACUGCCAUCAGGUCAGGUAAAACUGCCUUUUAUGGUCUGGUCGGCCAUCUUCAGACAUAUUCUCUGUUGUUGUUGUUGGCUAGAAUAUUUAUUAGACUAAUGUCGGACUAUUUUUUAUCAAAUAUUUUAACCCAGGCUUGUUUGUACUGGGAGCUCUGGACCAAUAGCAUCUCUUCUAGUGACAGAAAUCUGAGCAUCUGCAGAUUAUUACACAGCCUCAUCCCUCUAAAAUAUCCCAGCCCAUCCAAAAUGCUAUAUUAUGAAUUAAAUAAAUAUAUAUGUAUUCA